UUUUAUUCCAAAUUUUUUUAUUUUAAUGUUUUUGCCCCUCCACUCACAUUUUUCUUCUUUUAUUCAUCGGCAAACAAUAGAAUGGCGCCGUAGGCCUUCCUCAGUUUCUUUUCAGAUGCUCUUAAUGGGUAUAAGAAUGAAUAGAAAAAAUAAAAGAAAUAAAUAUAAAUACAAGAAUGCGCACAACAAAGCUGCCUUUGUAUUUAAACAAAAACACAAUAUCUCUACAUUGUUUUGUCGCUUCUUUUGUUAUAAUGUUUUGUAA